GUGCACCAUGAAGGCCUGGCCCACACUGGUGCUGCUGUGUGUAGCAGUGUGGCUGAGCAGCGCAACAGAUCCAACGGCGUGCAGUGAGGACAGUUUGGUCUCCGCGGCCGUGCAGCACAUCAAUGACCACCAAGAGCACGGCUACAAGUUCAAGCUGAAAGCCUUGAAGCAGAAGGUUGGGGACGGCUGUAACGCUGAGCUGGAUUUGGAGCUUCAGGAGACCAAGUGCCAUGUUGUCAAUCCCAAACCUGCUAAUGAAUGUGACGUCCGCACAGACUUUGAAGUGGCGGUGACUGCAAACUGCAGCGUGACGAUGACCGAGGAGGAGGGAGAAGCUAAAGUCAGCAACUACAGCUGUAACACACAACAGAAUCACACUAACGAGCACUGGAGGUUGAUUGGACUCGGCACCUUUACUGUUGCUGAAGCUGUUAAGAAAUUCAACAUGCAGACAAACAGCAGACAUUACUUCGUCCUUCUGGAAGUGGCACGUGUGUUGGAAAAGAUUGAUGCAGUCGGUCACUCGACCUACUACAGCGAGUUCGUUGUCAUAGAGUCUCACUGCCCUCAUGGAUCUAGGAUCCUGCCUGAGGCAUGCACACCCCUGUGCCCCGACAGAGCCCGUCAUGAAUUGUGCAAAGCGACGUUUAAUUUCACUCACGACCUGAUUGGCUCAGUGGAGUGCGAGUCCUACCCUCCAAAGAACACCACCAUUCUUGAGCCCAGUCAGAAGGAGCCCAUUUGUCCAUCUAAGCGUCACCGCUGUGACCCUCGUCCCAGAUGCCCCACUGAUGUGGAUUUUAAGCAGCCACAACCUGACGUCUGUGCUCUAGGAUGCUUCCCCACCAUAUGUACUGGUGGACCACCUCCUGACACUCAUGAUGACCAUGGACCCCCUCAUGGCCACGGACCCCCUCAUGACCACGGGCCCCCUCAUGGCCACGGACGCCCUCAUAGCCACGGGCCCCCUCAUGACCACGGGCCCCCUCAUGACCACGGGCCCCCUCAUGGCCACGGACGCCCUCAUAGCCACGGGCCCCCUCAUGACCACGGGCCCCCUCAUGACCACGGGCCCCCUCAUGACCAUGGACCCACUCAUGACCACGGACUCCCCCAUGGCCACGGGCCCCCUCAUUACCACGGACCCCCUUACGUCAGCCUACAGUCGUGCUACAGGCACUUGCCCAAUUUUGAUCCGGGUCUGUUCUCCAUCUGCCCCUGGCCUUGUGACACUAAACCACCUGGUAACGGUGACAAAUCCUGAGAUAGUGCUGAGUCAAAGGCCUCAUUAGGGUAAGUUACUUUUCAAGUAACGUGUCUCGCUAAAAUGUGGAAUUAAAAUGUAAACAUACUUACUGACCAGCUGUAGCACAAAGUGUCAACCUCCAAACUGCUUUUGUCAGACAAAUCUGUUCAGGUGCUGUAAAAAUAAAUGAGUUCAAACAAUCGUCA